GGCGGGGGCGUGGCCAAGAGGGCGACGAUAGCGGCCAUCUCGACGCCAACCGUCGCUUUUGAGAGAGCGAGAUAUAUAGAGAGAGAUAUAGAUAUAGAAUAGGCCUCUCGCCGCCGUUGUGGUCGGCGCCUUCUUGAACAUUGUGGAAACACAAGAGCCCCUUUUCUUGGCUGUGGGAGGAGGCGUUCAUUUUGAGUCCCGUCCCCCCCAUAAACAAGGCCGGGCCUGGGCGGCCUUCUCCCCUCAGAGGCCUUUCUGGGCGAACAGAAAGAGGGAAGGGCACAGCAGGCUUCUCUGUGGCGACGGAGGCUUAGGCGAGGCCGCUGCGUCUGUCGCUUUUGAAAAAAAAAAGGGAGUUCGAACCCCAACGGCGGCUGCAGGCGGAGCGCUUCCUGCUGAAGGCGGAGGAGGAGGGCGGGCCUAGCGCGCGGCCCGGAACCUUCGGAGCGAGGCGCUUGUUUUCCUGAAAGGCGCCCGGACCGCUUUCGGGGUUGGACUCGCCGGCGGAAAACAGUCCCUGGAGCAGAGAGGUCGGAUGGAGACAAACAACAUUAACCAGAAAGAGAUACUAGUGCUUUUAUUUAAUCAAGAAAAGUUUGUUGGAAAGCUGAUUUUCUAAGGCUGUGAUUAUGCUUUCAUCACGUAAGGUGUUGGUCAAUGUCUAUAUUUUGAAGAAAUGGCACUGCAAAAAUGGCGUGUUUCCUUUGUUCAGACCUCUUGUUGAUGGCUACAGUCCCAAAUGGCACAGCAACUAUAAGAGACCAGGGACACCUCCUGACAAGACCCCACCAUGGAAGAAUAUUCACUUCAGCUUUCAGAAGGGAAUAGAAGGAAUCAAGACACAUUUUGAGAAACUAUCAAAGGAAAUAGUUGACCAUGUAAAAGGGCCAGAGGGACGUCCACUAUUGGAUUAUAUGCUGAACCAGACAAAAGUCAUUUGGGAGUUUCGCAGUGAAGAAGACUUGAAAAAUUGGGUAAUUUCUUCUGAUGCUGAAAUUGGAGGGAAAAGUGAAAUUAACUUAAAAUUGGGUAAGAAUAACCAGUCUGCUGUGCUGUAUGGGACCCUGAAUACUACAGUACCUCGUGAUGGAGAGACAAGGUACAGCGGCUAUUGCUCCAUGAGAUCAAAACCACGAUUGGUUGCUUUUGAUCGAAAGAACCCAUAUGAUUGGUCAAAUUUCAACAGCCUGCAUCUGCGUAUCCGUGGUGAUGGUAGACCCUGGAUGAUAAACAUUUAUACAGACCCAUACUUCUCUCAUCAGAAGGAUGACCUUUAUAGCUAUUUUAUGUUCACACGAGGAGGCCCUUAUUGGGAGGAAAUCAAGAUUCCAUUUUCUAAGUUCUUUUUCUCAAGCAGAGGUAGAAUCCAGGAUCACCAGCAUGAGCUUUUGUUAGAUAAGAUUAGCACUUUAGGAUUUACUGUGGGUGACAAAGUAGAUGGUCCCUUCCAGCUGGAGAUUGACUACAUUGGAUUGAUUAAGGACAGAGCACAUACAGAAGAAUGUGCUUAUGAGCUAUAUGAUAGAAAUCCCAAGAAAUAGAGUGCAUUGAGUAUUUGGAAGACUAUUUGCUCAUUUGUUAAUGACUGAAACCAGAUUUUACACAUAUACCAAAAUAUAUUGUUAACAGUUAAGAUUAUUUAUCAAUCAAGUAAGACAGAUGUAUUAAAAAAGAACAAUAUGAAUCUAAAA